CUUUUUUUUUUUAUUUUUUUUAUUUAUUUUCCACUCAGGAGGCGAGCUAAUUCCGGAUAGCUUGUUGUUAAUGGCAUUUUUUUUACUUCUUAAUCAAUCAAUCUUUCUUUCUUUCUUUCUUUCUUUCUUUCUUUCUUUCUUUCUUUCUUUCUAUUUAUUCAUUUAGCAAUUGUUUAGAUGGAUAAACAUGUAUAGUUCAAUAACACUGAGCUCUUAUCUGUUGAUUACAAAUCAUUUAGCUAGGAUGGACGUCAACCGCAGAAACUUUCCCAGCAAGUUGUGGCAUUUGGUGAAUGAUCCUCAGAUUUGCUCAAUCUGCUGGGAUGACAGUGGGGAAGGAAUACUGAUCUGUCAGGAGGCCUUCAAAGCUGAAGUCCUAUCUACAGCCAACAAGCGGAUGAACAAGUACUUCGAAACGAAAGACUUCAUCAGUUUUAUUCGCCAGCUAAACCUGUACGGCUUCAGAAAAGUGCGCCCAGACUAUGAGAUCUCAGAGUGGCCAGUCAGCACCAUGCAUCACUUUUCCAACCCCAACUUCAAACGGGCUAACCCAGAGCUUCUGGUCAAUUUAAAGCGACUGACGCCUUCCAACAAGGCCAAGCUUGUCGCUGGGCCAGAAGUGUCCGACCAGUCAAGACAUUCCCAUUCUCCGAUGCGGAAUUCCCCUGAGAACUCUGCUGUGGUCGCUGGCAUGGAAGUCAAUGAAAUACUUCACUCCGUCCGGAUCAACCGCAGAAACUUUCCCAGCAAGUUGUGGCAUUUGGUAAAUGAUCCUCGGAUUUGCUCAAUCUGCUGGGAUGACAGUGGGGAAGGAAUACUGAUCUGCCAGGAGGCCUUCGAAGCUGAAGUGCUAUCUACAUCCAACAAGCGGAUGAACAAGUACUUUGAAACAAAAGAUUUCAUCAGUUUUGUUCGUCAGCUAAACCUGUACGGCUUCAGAAAAGUGCGCCCAGACUCUGAGAUCUCAGAGAGGCGAGACAGCACCAUGCAUCACUUUUCCAACCCCAACUUCAAACGGGCUAACCCAGAGCUUCUGGUCAAGCUAAAGCGACUGACGCCUUCCAACAAAGCCAAGCUUGCCGCUGGGCCAGAAGUGUCCGACCAGUCAAGACGUUCCUAUUAUCCGAUGUGGAAUUCACCUGAGAACUCUGCUGUGGUCGGCACAGAUUUAGUUGAGCAUCAAGGAACUCCUUAUCACCUGUACUCUCAGCAGGGGAAGGGGUCCAACACAACACCCCAAACCCCCCAGGCAUUUGUAACAGCUCAUGGUGAUUCACGCCCUGAGUUCUGUCACUUCCAGAUGGAUUUUUCGUGGGCACAUCCAUCCAGUCGAAUGCUACAGGGCUCACAUGGUGAUUCAAGGUCUGAGUUCUGUCACUUCCAGACGGAUUUUCCUUGGGCACAUCCAUCCAGUCGAAUGCAACAGGGCUUACGUUGUGCAGUGCCUGAUGGGAAUUUAGGUGCCUUCAUACCUCGCUACUCACAAUGCAGACCUGAUGCACCAGAGUAUCAGUGCUAUAUGCCAGGCUCCUUGGAUUCAAACAUGCGCUGCUCCCAACAAGAAGUUGCCUCCUACACUCAUUGUGGCUUUGAUCCUGACUACUCAUUUAGCCACCGCCAGUACACUGUCCAGAAUCCAAACUGGCAAUCAGCUGAUGCUCCAGAUCCCAGGAAAAGUUACAUGAACCUGGAUACUGAUGAAGUGGAAGUUGAAGUGCAGGACCUCUCAGUCAGCCAUGUCCGUUGCACUGUUCAGGAUCCCAACUGGCAAACAGCUGAUGAUCCGGAUCCCAGGAAAAGUUACAUGAACCCAGAUUUUCAAAGUGGAAAAUGAAAUGCAGGCUGCUGCUUUCAUCUCUAUUUAGACCACCAAUGAGAAGUCACCUGGGAAGACAGUUGAUUAUCAAAGCCAUCUUUAUUAUUUCCUGAAUAAUUUAUUUAAUAAAAAUAUAAAUCCAAGAUGUAUGGAAAACAUUAAUAUACCAAUAGCUCUUAUAUUGUAUAGUUUUACUGCUGGUUGACUGA